AGAGGGGAAACUCGUUUCUAAUUCUACAAUUCUUAAUUCGUUGGUUUAACCAAACAAAACUUGACUCAUUAAUUCUUCAAAAUCCCGCCGUUGUCUCUCACCUGAAAAAAUCCCCAAAUUCCAUCAUUUUGUAUUUCUAGGGUUUAUGAUCCUUCGUUUAACCCUUCUUCUUCCUAAAUCUUUAAACAUUAAUCUUCAAUUAAACAACAAUGAUGCGAGCUAGAUUGGUAGUGUUUCCAGUAAAAGGGAGGAAUUGGUGUUUUAGCAGAUCAAUGGAUUCCUUAAUUUCCGGCGAUACGUCAAAGUUAUCGUCUACUCCUACAACUAUUAGAGAUCUCUGGAAGUCUCUCUCAUCCUCUUCUCAGCCUGUUACUGCUAAUGCCGAGCUUCUUGUUGAUUUUGUCUCACAUAAGAUGAAUACAGCUUGGAUGGGUUUGGAGAAGGCACCGCAAGGGUCUUUCAAAAACAAGAUUUAUGGUGUCGGGUUAUGGUUGCUUUCUCGGGUCAAGCCAAGUGAGCUCUUCUUGAAGUCUAUAUCUAAGGAAGUCACUGGAGUUGAAGUUACAUAUCCAACAAGUUUAAAUGCUAGACUUGUACGUCGAAGAUUACGACACAUUGCUAUGAGUGGAUCAAUAAUUCACAAAAAGUAUUUGUAUGGCUCUGCAGCAUUGCUUCCAGUAUCCUCUGUCUUCAUGGUUCUACCUUUGCCCAACAUCCCAUUCUUUUGGCUGCUGUAUCGCACAUAUUCUCACUGGCGUGCCUGGCAGGGCAGUGAAAAGCUUCUUCAGCUUGUCUCAGAUGGUUCAGAUGGUCGAUGCAGUAACAAGAAAGAAAACGAACGUCAUAAUAGCUCCAAUGAUGAAGCAACUGGGUUACGUUUGGUCUUGGAACCAUCGAAGCAACUGGAAGAACUUGUUUGCCGUGGAAAUGCAGAUGAUGGCCUUAGCAGAUGCGUCAUGAUAGAUAUUUGCAAGACUUUUGAGUUGAAUCCGCAAGAGGUUCUCAGGUACCAGGAGUUGUAGCUGAAGUGUUGGUUAGGAUUAGGAGCAUUUCUGAAGAACUUUUCUUUAAAGUGAUUAGAUUUGCAAUUUUGUAAGAAGAAUCGUACCACAUAUUCAGAUUGAGAAUUUGUAGAAACUUGUUUUCGGUGUUUCAAUUGAUAGAACUAUCAUGAUCCGUGGCUUUCAAGUGUAUACCAGAUUACCAGUUAUAUAAUUCUAUGAAUAGCUCUCUGCUAAAGGGGUUUGGGCAUAUUUACUUAUUGCCUCUCUA